UUAUGAUAACCAAACCACUCUUAUACUCUCAUCAAUAAAAUUCUGUGGGAAAAAGCUUGAAGUGAAUGAAUCAAGAGAGGCAGAAGAGAGAAAGUCUCUUUAAGCUACGCAUCUCUCUCUCUCUCUAUUGACAUGACUUUUUCCCCUACAAAUCCUGAUUUGAUUAAAUUGUUGUGAGUUGUGAUGGGUCCUGUGAGAGGAAUUAAAAAGAGAAGAAAGCAAGAUAAGAAUGGUUCUGCUUCUGCUUCUGCUUCUGGGUCAUCUGAGAAAGAGGGUCAUGAAGAUUGGUGGGAGGAAUUGUCAAAGAGGAUAAAUGGUCUUCCGAAGUCUCCACCAAAGAUCUCUAGAAAGACGUUUGAGUACAUAUGUUCACUUGUCAAGGAUGACAUGAUGACAAAAGCCUCGCAUUUUGUGUUCACAAACGGAAAGCCAAUGUCAUUAUUUGAUCAAGUGGCCGUGGCGCUGAGAAGAUUAGGAUCUGGUGACUCACUUGUCACAAUUGGCGAUUCAUUCGGACUAAACCACUCAACUGUUUCGCAAGUCACAUGGCGAUUUGUGGAAUCCAUGGAAGAGAAAGGGCUUCAUCACCUCCAAUGGCCUUCAACACAAGACGAAAUGAAUUCAAUCAAGUCAAAAUUUGAGAAAAUAAAAGGCUUCCCUAAUUGUUGUGGCGCCGUUGAUGUUACUCACAUCACAAUAAGUUUACCUGCAUCUGAACAUUCAAGUAAUGUGUGGCUUGAUCAUAAGAACAAUCAUAGCAUGGUUUUGCAAGCAAUAGUUGAUCCUGACAUGAAGUUCCGUGACAUAGUCACUGGAUGGCCUGGUAAAAUGGAGGACUCGGUGAUAUUCAAGAACUCGAAUUUCAACAAACUUUGCGAUAAAGGAGAGAGAUUAAACGGAAAGAAACUAAAACUAUCCGAAGGAUCAGAAAUAAGAGAAUAUAUUGUCGGUGAUUCGGGUUAUCCUCUAUUACCUUACCUUGUUGUCCCUUAUGAAGAGAAAGAACUAUCAAAUUCAGAGACAAAAGCUAAGUUUAAUAGGCUGCAUUUGACAACAAGGAUGGUAGCACAAAGAGCAUUGACAAGGUUGAAGGAAAUGUGGAGAAUCAUUCAUGGAAUUAUGUGGAGGCCGGACAAACAUCGAUUGCCAAGGAUUAUUCUUGUUUGCUGCUUACUUCACAACAUUGUUAUUGAUAUGCAAGAUGAAGUGGUUGAUGAAUUACUAUGUUUGUAUCAUAAUAAUCAUGACUCAGGGUACCAUCAACUUAUUUGUCAAGGUGUUGAUGACAAGGGAGUGGCACUAAGAGAAAAAUUGUCUCACUACUUGAAUGGAAGGUUGGAUUCAUGAAUUUUUUUUGUCCAUUACUAGUGUUUGGUAUAGCUUAAAAAUUUAAGUGGAAUUGAAUCAUUAAAAGAUCCUAAGAAGACAUAUAUCAUACUAUGAUAUAGUUGAUUCUCUUUGAUUUCUAGACUGUAAAGUGUUUGGAUGAUGCAUGUGUACAUUUUACCAAAUUUUUAUGGUUUAGGAUAGGGUGAAUGGUAAACUCACACAAACAUAGAUUUGUUGCUGAAUAAAGAUAAUUGUCGAUGAUUA